AAAAACCACUAUAAAUAAGGUAAUACAAUUCCUUACUGGUAUAUUAAAUAAAAUAAUGCAAUUACUAGUAUCUUUCUCAUCAUGGUUAUCUGUCACCAUGUGUACCUAUGCUCUGCUGUGUGUGAUCAAACUGUAUUUUUCACCUCAUGGACAUGGAUGGUACAUUAACUUUUUUUAUUACAUCUCCCUAACCACAAAUUAGUCUAAUUUACAUGUUUUAACCUUCACAGAAGCCUACAUUUGCUGUUAACUUAUUGCAUAAUCUGUCUGUCCUCUCUCAUAUAUAUUAUAGACCCACUUAACUUUACCUCAUGGAUUAAAAAAACAGUAAACUGAGUUUCACAGAUCUGGGAAGGCGCUGCUAUUCUGUUAUCAAAUGCUUCUCAUUUUGAAUUGACUGCGUGUAUUCUAACCUCUGCUUGCUUUUCCCUGUAAUAGGUAUUGUGCUGGUACAAUGCCCUGGGGUAACCCCAGUGAACACCAUGACUUUGAACCCCAGCGGCUCGACGAUGGCUACAUUGAAGUUAUUGGCUUCACCAUGACGUCACUGGCUGCUUUGCAGGUGGGAGGUCAUGGGGAGAGACUGAAUCAGUGCCGGGAGGUUACCCUGACCACAUACAAGUCCAUACCCAUGCAGGUGGAUGGGGAGCCCUGCAAACUGGCCCCGUCGAUCAUUCGCAUCUCCCUAAGAAACCAGGCCAACAUGGUACAGAAGACCAAGAGACGCACCUCCAUCCCCUUACUCAACGACCAGCAGCCAGUCCCGGAGAGGUUACGGAUUCGAGUGAAUCGGAUCAGCAUGCACGACUACGAAGCCUUACAUUAUGACAAAGAGAAACUCAAAGAGGCCUCAAUCCCAAUGGGUAUUAUCGUCAUCCCUGGAGACAGUGAUUUGGAGAUGUGCCGAUCCCACGUCGAGAGGCUACAGGAGGAUUUCGUCUCAUUUCACCCCUCUUUCCAGCGCCUUGUCCUGCAGGAGGGCGACGGUGCAAAAUCAAAGACCCUGUCCUCUCAGAAACUCUCUCCAAAGUGGUGUUUCCUGGACUCCACCACAGCGGAUCGGUUUUAUCGAAUAGACCGUGCACAGGAACAUUUAAACUACGUUACGGAGAUCUCUCAGGAUGAGCUGUUUAUUCUGGACCCGGAACUGGUCAUCACAGAGACCGUUGGCACGUCUCCAGGAAUGCCAGACCUGGUAGAUUCUUCUGGGCAGUUCUCCAGCCCUGGAGCACGGCACUUUGCCUUCCCAUCGUCCUCUUCAUCCCCGCCCUCCUCCCCCACCCCAAGCCCGACCAGCCCGCACUCGGACAGCGAGGCCUUGGCUCGGCGCCAGAAGAAGUCUCUCUUCUCCUCUCACUCCGGCUUCCCCUUUCCUGUCAAAAAGAGGAUCCUGGAGAUACAGAAGGCCUCCCAGCGUAAGCGUAUUUCUAGCGACAGUUCGGUUGCCGAGGCGCUGGCCCACAGCGAGUCUCUGAGGUCCACAAAGCCGCCCCUCAGCAGGACGGGUCCAAUAAAUGUGAGUGUUCAUCGUUCCAAGACGACCGCCGCCGAUUUCAAACCAUCAAUCAGGCCUGAGAAGACUGCAGCGUAUAACACGGACCAAGUGUCAGCUGAGGCUCUAAUAGAAGUUGUGAAGAGCACUGACCUUCAGAAGUUCCAAGAGCUGCACAAGUUGGGAGGUGACCUAAUGGUGCAGGAUUCCAUGGGCUGGACACUCCUCCACCAUGCUGUUACUGUGGGCAGUAAAGAGAUUGUCAGAUACAUCAUUGACAAUGCUCCUCCAGAGAUUUUGGAUCUCACAGAGAAAGUGAAUGGUGAGACAGCGUUACAUAAAGCAGCCUCCUUGCACCAGAGAUCGAUCUGCCACUACCUCGUGGAAGCAGGGGCAUCGCUAAUGAAAACAGACCUGCAGGGUGACACUCCGAAACACCGGGCGGAGAAAUCCAAGGACCAGGAGCUGGCAGCGUACCUGGGAAGCCGGCAACAUUACCAGAUGAUCCAGCGGGAGGACCAGGAAACAGCCGUGUGAUUGUUGCUCUGAAGUGCCAAGCAACCCUGAACCAAACGAAUAAAUCCGUGACAAGGAAGGGAGAAAAAACACAUGGCCUCUCUCGCCUGUUCAUACAUUGCAUUCCUACAGCAAGAGUUCAGCUCCAACUAUUCAGAUAUAGGGUGGUUUUCAAUUGAUUUUUUAUCAGGUUUAAACUGCACAGCCACAUGUCAUACGUUUUGUGUAAGCAGGUUUGGAAAAUCAGAAUAUGAAUUACAAACAAUUAACUUAUUGGUUACUAUUUUUGAGCUAAUUUUUAUUUAAUUUGUGAGGUAGGAUUUUCACAAAGCUGGAGUAAUGUUUACAGUAGGCCUUUGUUUCUGUAGUAACCAUCAAACUGAGGGGGAGAGGAGGAGGGGGGCAGGGUUGACUGCUAUAUUGCUAUAUUGACUGCUUCAAGACAGUUUAAAAGUGACGUUUUACUGAUUUCCUGGAUGUCUUGUUUACUCAAAAUACGUUGGUUAGCGCCGGUUCCACACUAGGAGGGACGGUUUACACUGAGUUUCUUUUAGUUUUUUUUCCUAUUAUCACUGUACAAUUUACACGUUUAAGAAAGUGAAGCUGUUGAGCUACGUUCUUUUGAUACUGUACUAUCCAGCAAAAACUAAUUUUCCAGCAUACUUUUGGCUUCCGAUAUAAAAUAUCUGGGACUGUACACUUGUUAUUUUAGUAGCAUUACGUCCAUAUGAAGCCAGUUCUUUUACCUUUGCUGCUCUGAAUGCCUUGAAGUGUGUGUGUUUUUGCUAAAUGUUUGUAUUUUUACAUGGUGAAUUUCAGUCAAAGCAUAUUUCUUAUAACAGUAUGGAGUUAAUAGGUAUUUAUAUAAUGCUUAGCUGUAUAAAAACUAUUUGACUUUUUGUGAAUUUAUGUUUUGUGAUGUUCGGCAGAAUUUGUAUCAUAAAAAAAUGUACAUUUUA